AUGUCUGAGGAACAGCAAGAGCAACAACAGCAACAACAACAACAGCAACAACAACAGCAGCAACAACAAAAACAGCAACAGCAACAGCAACAACAUAAAUCCCCAAGGAAUGUUAAUAGUAGUAGCAAUGCAACCAUAAGCACUUCUCGUAAAUCAAAUAUAUAUGAAAUGCGUAAUCAUGAUUAUGUCAGUCGUUUAGUGGCAGCCACGCCUCCGUAUUUAUAUUCAGCGCCGAUGGGACCCAACAAUUUCUUCAGUGAAAUGCUGCGUUCUCUUGUUGCCGCUCGCAAUCAAGAGAACGUUCGAAAUUUACAAUUGCAGCAAACAGCCGCUUUAGUCAGACGUCCCAGAAAACGUAGUUGGUCGCAACAUCGUUCUUUUUUCCGGGAAAACGAUAUGACUAUAUCUGAGAAACCAAAUACGCAGUCCAAAAAUGUUUCUAUGGACUCCAAUACAAAUGAGAAACCAUUGGAGUUAACAACCAAUAAGCCUUAUUUACAACAAUUAGCGAACAAACAUCGCAAAAUCGAACAAGGCUCAAACAGUAAGGAUCAGAAUAGUUGUAAGCCAUCCUUAACGUUGGCUAAAAAUAAUGAAAAUGAUCAUACCAUUGAACCCACCGAAGUUAGCAUAGCAGCGGGUGGUGCUGUUGAUACAUUGGUUCAAAGUACACCUCCAGCUGCUUCCUUUCUUUCUCAAGAUUUAGUUCUGCCCCCACCUCCCCCUAUCUGGUAUCCUUCUUUAUAUGCCCCAUAUGGCAUCGAUCCGCUGCACUUUUUUAUUGAUUUAAGAGUAUCGGGUCACAUUUAUGACCGUAAGAAGGAAAACGGUUCGCCAUUUACUAACGCUGAUAAUGGUUGCAAUUCUGUAAGAUCUGACGAAACUUCCAAUACAUCGUCGAUCAACCAUGGUAACAUUUUGUCUAACAAGCACAGACAUGGCUCUGCUUUUACUGUACCCACACCAAGGUCUUUCGAUUCAAAAACCAUUGAAUGCUUACCAUCUCGAGCUCAAUGUUCGGACGCUAUAAAUCUCACUUCAUCGGUCGAAGCUGAAGUAACCAACAAGUUUCAGAAUUACGCUAAAUAUUACGAUUUUGGCGAGAGCAAAGAAAACCAACCAAACAUAUCAAAGUGUAAUGCUAAUUACAUGCUUCAACAGUUGCCUCGUUUAUACGGUCAAUUCGCAGCCCGCGAUUUUUUCGCCCAGUCCCAAAAUGAUAUUGCGGCACAAACUUGCACCGCGGCUGACAACAGCAAUAGUCAUGACAAUGACAAUAAAUCUGAAGCUGAUUGCGACGCUGAUUCGGAUUGCCGUACCUCUGUCGAGAAUGGCAAUGACAACGACGCAGACGUCGGAUCUAACUGUAAUCGUGAACGCGAUAUUGAUGUAGAAAUUGUAGAUUCCAUUAAAUAUCGAACUGACGGCGAUAGUAGUCGCUGCAGCAGCCCGGAUGAAGUGUCGAUCACCCAUAUCGAGUAAAAGUGUACUUUCCAGCGCCCAAAUAUUUACCCACUUAGUAUGUGUGUUUAUGCACUUAUAAGGUACCAUACACUAUAUGUAUGCAAGCCUAUAUGCUUUCUUUAAAUGGAUUUUUGUUUGUGUUAAAGGGAUACAAAUUCUCAUAGUUAAAAAAUAUGGUACUUC